UCAUCAAGUGAAAUAUUGCUUCUGGAGUGCUAGAUAUAUUUGUUCCUCGGGACAGACAUGGGAUCAGCGGGAUAGUAAGGAUAUACAGUGAUUUUAAGGACCUUAGACAUCAUGGCCAUUUUCCUCUGGCUUCUGUCUGUGUUGUUGCUACCCAGUGUGCACGCCUGGAAGUGUAUAGAGAUCGUCCCCGAUUCGGGAAAUAAAUUUGGCUAUCCCGUGGAGCUCGGGAAGGAAUUCACAGCCACAUGCAUCCUGCACCAUAAGGAUCUCAAAGCUGAAAACAUAUAUUGGACCUAUGGUCUUAAAUCGGUGAGCCUCCCAAAAGAGUACUACAGGAGGAUAAACGAGUCCGCGGGUAGCAUCACAGUCAACGUGACGGAAGAUAUGAUGGGUUUCUUCAAAUGUGUUAUUCCAAGCGAAAACACGUUCUACACCAACUGCAGCUCCAACACCUAUGGGAUUUUGCUAGAUAAAGGCUAUCCUCCAGAAAAGCCCACAGAUGUGAAAUGCCAGGCAGUGCAAGAUGGAGCCAAGAUAUCCAGUAAUGUGACCUGUCACUGGAACCCAGGAACAAGAGACCCUAUAAUGCACACCAAAUACACACUAUAUAUGGAAUAUUCAGGGAAGGUGUACAACAGAAGUGCGACCAAGAGCCAUGCGACAAUGGCACUGGAAAUCUUUCCACACCAUCUCGACCUGAAGAUUUGGGUGGAGGUUGAAAAUAGAUUGGGGAAGGUCACCUCUGAUCCCCUCAUGCAAGAAUCAGAAAAUUUGAUCAAAACAGAUCCACCAAGCAAGGUGAAGGUUACUUCAGAGAACGUGUUCCCAAUGUCACUUCUCAUUCAGUGGACGGAAUCCAUUCACCAAACCUAUGUGGUGUUGAAGUACAACAUUAGGUAUUGUGAGAAGGGAUCUCACACCUGGACUGAGAUUAAAGUACCUCGCCUGCCACCAAGAGUUAUCAAGGUGCCUCAGGAGGACACCAAAGGUUACAUGGACUCCUUCCGGCUCCAGGCCCUGAAGCCGUACACCAAGUAUGUGGUGCAGGUGCGCUGUAAGAGCAACAAAGACCUGGGCUACUGGAGCGACUGGAGCCGCAAUGCCACCGCCAGCACUCCAGAGGACCGGCCUUACACUAAGCCUGUGCUAUGGAUGAAAGCCCGUUUGGAUGAUGCACAGAGGACUGUUCAGCUCUUGUUGAAGAAACCAGUGGUGGCAAACGGGAAGAUACUUCAUUAUGAGAUAAGCGUGGUUGAGGAUGGCAAAUCUACAAAAUCUUCACUUCCCUUUGAUGAUAAAGAGCCUUUCCAAAGGUUUAACUUCACCUUGCAAAGGCAGUGUGUCGUCGCUUAUGUUAAUGUCACUGCAAAAAACUCUGCGGGGGAAUCACCCCCAGCAAAUAUGGCUGUUCUAUUAAAGGGUCAAGAGCUUCCUGCUGUGGACAGUCCGUUUGCGUUUGCCCAGGAUGACUUGCUCUGGGUGGAGUGGAGUGCCCCUAAGGAAGAUGGUCUCGUCGAGUACGUGCUGGAGUGGGUGUCCCUGGUGGAUGGGGAGUUGAACUGGCAAAAGGAACCGCGCAAUGCCACCAAGGCUUACCUCAAAGGCAACCUGCAGUCCUUUGUACCGUAUAACGUGACUGUGGUCCCUAUCUACCAUCGAGGGUGGAGGUCUUCUACCAAAGUCAUACACCUUACUCUGCCUGGAAAUCUCAACACAAUCACAGCAUAUCUGAAGGAAGGGCCGCCAGAGGUGGUCCCAGAGCCUUCUUUGGUCAAGACAUGGAAGAACAGUGCACAGCUGGUCUGGCCAGAGAUUCCUCUAGAAAAGCAGCGAGGCUUCAUCACCAACUACACCAUCGUCUACGAGGCCACCGCAAGAGACUCUGUGAGUUUUUUUUUUUUUCAGCUACCAAAAACAGAGCUUCGGUAA